AUGUCUACCACCAUCCGAGUUGCCAUAGUCGGAGCCAGCGGCGAGACGGGCCAAUCCAUCGUGAACGCGCUUCUAAGCUCGUCCACCCCCAAAUUUGAAAUCACCGCCCUGACCAGACCGCAAUCCCUCCACAAACCCACCAACCUCGCCCUCCAAGCCCGGGGCGUCAACAUCGUCCCCGCGGACCUCCGCGGCCCCGCAGCGCCCCUCAUCGACCUCCUCCAGGGCAUCGACGUCGUCAUCUCAGCCAUCCACUUCGACGCACUAGCGGACGAAAUCCCCCUCGCCGACGCCGCCAAAGCCGCAGGCGUCCAGCGCUUCGUGCAAUCCGCGCUGAUGAUCGUCAUCCCGCCGAGGGGGGUGGUGGAUUUCCGCGAGAAGAAAGAAGAAAACCUGCACCACAUCCAAAAACUCCGCCUCCCGUACACCUACAUCGACGCCGGCUGGUGGCACCAACUAACCCUCCCGCGCCUGCCGUCCGGCCGCGUCGACCAUCUCCUGCCUCGCCCUCCCGCGGCCCAUCCAAGCCUCCCGCUGGGAUUGGACGGGAACGUGCCGACGGCGCUGGCGGAUCUGCGGGACGUGGGGCGCUACGUCGCGCGGAUUAUCGCCGACCCUCGGACGGUGAAUAAGCGGGUGCAUGUGUAUAAUGAGGUGUACACGCUGAAUCGGGUGUAUGAGGUGGUGGAGCGGGUGAGUGGGGAGAGGCUGGGCCGGAGAUUUGUAUCGGAGGCGCAGGCGCGUGCGGCCGUGGACGACGCGCGGACGCAGCUGUCCCUCACCCCUGGCGAUCCUACGGCCUUGCUGGCGCAUGUCGCGGCCCAGUUGUUUUAUUCUUGGGCCAUCAGGGGGGAUAAUACUCCUGAGUAUGCACGGUACCUGGGGUACGUGAGUGGGAAGGAUUUGUAUCCGGAUUUUGAGUAUGUUUCUUUUGAGGAGUAUGUCACUGAAGCGAUCAGAGGGGAGGGGAAGGGGGUUUAUCAGGAUAGGUGA